GGCAGCAGCGAGAGCGGACAGCGACUCGUGGGGGUGAGAGGUUCGCGUCUGGCUCGCCACUGCUCCGCUGUGACUGGAGUGGACUGUACGCUACAUUAUCGUGCACCGCGCUACCUAGCCGUCGGCUGGACACCACCAUGAGUCCGGACGGGAGGACGCGCAUCAAGCACCAGCCCAGGGGGAUAGUGUCGGCCAUCACGAGGUUCCUUAAGAUCGGCACCAUGGCCAAGAGGAAGAGAGUGGCAACUGCAAACCCAGGAGCCAUGCCCCCAGUGAGCGUGCCAGUGGCAGUACCGGUGGCAGUCGGGGGUGGCGGAGGUGGUGGUGGCAGGGUGCCCCUACAGGAGCCUCCAGCUGCAGCCUCACCGCCACAGGGCCAGGGCAACGCCGCCCCCACCGUCAAGCGCACACCCAAUGAUUUCAUCUUUGGGAAGGCAAUUGGCGAGGGUAGCUUCUCGACCGUCUACCUCGCCAAGGAUAUCCACACCGGCAACGAGUAUGCCAUAAAGGUUUGCGAGAAGCGUCACAUAAUCCGUGAGAAGAAAACUGAGUAUGUUCAGCGAGAGAAGGAAGUGCUUCACAUCUUGAGCUGCAACAAGAAGACCUCUGCUCCAUUUUUCACCAAAUUGUACUGCACCUUCCAGGACGUGGAACGGCUCUAUUUUGUGCUAACAUAUGCGAAGAAUGGUGAAUUACUACCGCAUAUAAACAAAGUUGGUUCAUUCGAUAUUGCGUGCACGAGAUUCUACGCUGCUGAGAUUUUGCAUGCUUUGGAACACCUGCACAGUUUGGGCAUUAUCCACAGAGACCUAAAGCCAGAAAACAUUCUUCUGGAUGAAAGAAUGCAUAUCCUCAUUGCAGAUUUUGGGUCUGCCAAGAUUGUUAAUCGGAAGGAAGUGGAAGAUCAAAACAAGGAUAACCCUAACUUCCGUCGCCGCAACAGCUUUGUGGGCACAGCGCAGUAUGUCUCACCUGAGCUGUUGACUGACAAGUCGGCCUCCUACAGUUCGGAUCUCUGGGCCCUUGGUUGCAUCAUAUACCAGAUGGUGGCUGGACUCCCACCUUUCCGAUCAAUGAGUGAGCACCUUAUAUUCCAGAAGAUAGUGAAGCUGGAGUACGUCUUCCCAGAUGGUUUCAGUGCUCCAGCCAGAGACCUGGUGGAGAAGCUACUGGUUCUUGAUCCUGUGCAACGGUUAGGGGCUCGUGACAGGCCUGAGGACGGGCACGGGUACCCUUCAUUGAGAGCACAUCUGUUCUUCAAGGGAAUUUCUUUUGAAUCGCUGUAUCUGCAGACACCUCCACAAAUCUACCCCUACCUGCCGGGAACGUCAGAGCACGAGGAAAUGCGGAGCCACUACAGAGUGCCAGACCACUUGGAGCCCGGGCUGGACGAUCGGCAGCUGACGCGGCUUCUCGGCCUCGACCUGAGUGGCGCGGUGGAGCCCGUGGUGGAGAGCCCUGCGGAAGACGGGAGAGAGUCGCAGACCGAGCAGGAGGGCCGGCCGCAGGACGUGCCUGCGGUGCGCCAGCAGCAGCAGCAGCGGAAGCGUGCUGUCACGGACCUGUCCCCGGCGGAGGUGCGCCGCCGCACGGACCUGCAGGAGAAGGAGAGCAAGUGGCACAAUCUGGUGCAGGGGAACCUCAUCCUCAAGCAGGGGCUCGUCGAUAAGAGGAAGGGGCUGUUCGCGCGGAGGCGGAUGUUGCUGCUGACUCUUGGACCUCACUUAUACUAUGUGGACCCAGUCAACAUGGUCCUAAGGGGUGAAAUUCCCUGGAGUCCUGAGCUGAGGGUUGAACCAAAGAAUUUCAAGAUAUUUUUUGUACAUACGCCGAACAGGACCUACUACCUGGAAGAUCCAGAAGGCUAUGCCCUGGAGUGGUGUAAGGCCAUAGAGGACGUUCGGAUACACACGUAUGGUCUACAAUCGUAGAAGAUUAGUGUAGUGACUUGGAGUGCAAUCCGAAGGCUACAAAGACUCAACUUCGGGUUGUAUACCCUAGGCAAAUUUCAUUUGUGAUCUUUAAACUGUUUUUUAACUCUUGUUGGAAGUGUUAAAUGGUUACAUAAGAGUUUAAACAGAUGAAAAACUAUUUAAAGUGUUAGUUUACAAACACAGUGGAGAUUCCUUCAUCGUGAGACUUUUUUAAGUGACUUUGGAGACUGCAGUUGACUGAGCAGCGUUAAUUUUUCAGUGCGAAUGAAUACAUGUGUGUGUGUGUGUGUGUGACAGUAGUAAGACUCGUUUUGUUUUUUUUAUUUAUACAUUUUCCUAAGUAGUGACUGGAGAGAAUACAGAGGAUGACCAUUUUGUAUGUAUUGCUGUAGCAUAUGUGUUAAUUUAUUUACAUUUUACAGUUAGCUGAACUGCAAUAACUAAAGAGGGCCUUCACAGUCUGUCACAUGUUUUUAUAACGUUUGUGAUCUCUCUUCACUUUCACUAUUUAUGCUCUUGUUUACUUUUGUGACACAGUUUUGUGUUGGACACUGAAUAAUACAUUGUGGCAGAAGCCACCAACUGUCAGUAUUACUCUGCUGUAUGUUAUUCAAGUGAAGAACUUUUUCGUUUAUUACUUCCUAACUCAAUUAAGGUUGUAUAUCUAGUUUUGUGCUGUGUCAGUAUACUGUCAUGUAAACAACUUAAUUUAUAAAUACAAUGUAUUCAAAUUUA